CAACACCAUCAAACAAAAUAAACAAAGGUCUCUAAAAUAAUACAUCUAUUUGUUUAACUGUUCAAUUUUAACAAACAAUGUAUUGAUAAAACAUCUUCUUUCCAUAUUCAUAUUCUUCCCUCUCCUGAUUCUUUGUAGCUCCUUCAAAGACGCAAGAAGACGAGAGAUAACAGAUUCCCCUGAUCAACAAUUUUUCAAGAGGUGUCUUGCUACGAUCCACAUUGAAUCAAAAGCUUAUAAGAAAAAACGAUUUCAAAUCGAAUCGCCAUGGCGAAAAAGCUCUGUUUUAUUCUCAUUCUAUCAAUUUGUCUCCUUAUUGUCGGAACCUCGUACGCUCAGGAGGAGUCUCCGUCACCGGCUACCUCGCCGGAACAUGAGACCCUAACGGAGUCUCCUCUGCCACCAUCUUCACCGGAGUCAGAUUCCUCUCCAUCACCAAAAGCAGAUUCCCUUCCGCCACAAGCUUCAUCACCGAAAGCAGAUUCUUUUCCGCCACAAGCUUCAUCACCGGCACCUGAAUCUCUAGCGGAUUCUCCACCACCACCACCGCCUCCUCCUCAGCCGGAAUCUCCAUCACCAUCAUCAUCAUCUUCUCCGUCGCCUGGACCAGCACCAGUUCCUGCUCCGUCCGAUGAUGAUGAUUCUGAUGAGGAUUCAGAGCCGGAGACAGAGUAUUUCCCUUCUCCGGCACCAUCUCCUGUGCAGGAAGAAGGAGAACCAAACGACAUCAAAGCAAGCGAGGACGGAGAUGAAUUCGACGACGAGGGAGGCCAAGACAAUGGCAUGAGCGGGUUGAAGAAAGCCGGGAUCGCCAUUGGAGCAAUACUUGGAGUAGGAGCGAUUGUAAUCGGAGCUCUUGUUUACAAGAAACGAAGAGAUAACUUAACCAGAGCUCGUUACACUUACUUUGAACAAGGAGAAUUCCUUUGA